AUGCUCUGCAUCUCAACACACCUCACCGCCGUUUGUGCCGUGCUUCACGCCUGCUUCCUGGCGAGCCCUAAGGCCAUCUUCCGCAGAGUCGCUCACGUCAGCGCCUCCCGCAAGGAUACUGGCAUGGUCUUUCUUCGAUAUGAGUAUGUGUCGAUGUACGAGUUCUGCCUUCCGGAUAAGGGUCACCUUCUCGUUGGCGAAUCGUUGGAUGGCCACCCGGGACGGCGUAAAUCGUCGACUGCUCAACAAUGUGCACGUUGGCUUUCGUUUGAAGAGGUGUUGGUGUACGCCGGCUUCGGGUUGGCGUUGGCAUUGAUGACGAUGUUGUGUGAGAUGGGUAACGCGCCGAGGCUUUUGACGGGGGAAACGUUGUUCGACGGGAGGAAUAGCAGCAAUGCCCCGAAGCCCAUGCCGAAGGAUGACUACUUUCCAGGAAGAGCAUCAGAAUCGAUCAUGAGGUGGUGCCACGGCCGAGGAGUCCGAGAUCGUACAUGCUUCAGUUGA